CACACAGUGAGACGAAUGAAAUUGAUAACUGAAUAUUUUUUUGGUCAAAGAAAGAGAUUGAAAAAUUAAAAAAUUGCGAUUAAAGCCUUACAUAAGCGACGGAAUCAACUUUCUUUGUGAGCACGAACGGAUGCGAGGUGCAUUCCAUCGACGGGCGGUGAAAAAUUAUGUCGAGACAUGAAGGCGUUAGCUGUGACUCAUGUUUGAAGAGCAAUUUUCGUGGAAGACGAUACAAGUGUUUGAUCUGCUACGAUUACGAUUUGUGUGCGACCUGUUAUGAGGAAGGGGCAACGAGUACUCGUCAUUCGGCGGAUCAUCCCAUGCAAUGCAUCAUCACGCGUUCCGAUUUCGAGUUGUAUUACGGCGGCGAGAACAUCUCGGCAGAUCAACCACAGAGCUUUACGUGCCCGUAUUGCGGAAAAAUGGGAUGGACGGAGGCGACGUUGCUCGAACACGUAACUGCCGAGCAUCAAGAUACGGGACUCGAAGUUGUUUGUCCCAUUUGUGCGGCGCUUCCGGGCGGCGAUCCCAAUUUAGUGACAGACGACUUUGCGAGUCAUUUGACGUUGGAGCAUCGAACGGGAUCGCGAGACUUGAUUUCGUUUCUCGAUGAACCGUCAGCGAUUCGGCAUGGCGGAGUAAGGCGGAUUCCGCAUUCGGGGCGAACUUUGGGCGGUGCACGUUCGCGAAGGUCAAAUAUGCAUUUUAGUUCGUCGUCGGGAAGUGCGGGAGCUGGCGGAGGCGGCGGAUUGUCGACGUUGUCGCCAUCGGGAAGGGAAAGUGUGGAUCCUAUUGCGGAAUUGUUGCAACAAUUGUCGGGAGUGAGACGAGGCGCGCCACAGCCGUCGCAAUUGCAGCAACUUCAGAUGCAAAUUCAGCUGGAAAGACAACAAGUUUCCGCUGCUCGCCAACAAUUGGAACGUUUACCUCGUCGUCCCCAUCCAUCG